AUGGCUACUCCCACAGCCAGAACGACGUGUCUCCUCCUAUUACGCAAACCAUUCAAACCAUUCCCAUCCAUACCACAUCAUCGAGCAUCCUACUCAACAACAGAAUCAGGCCUUCACGCAGGCUACUUCACUGGCAAUCCCAAAUACUAUGAUGCCCUAAUCAAAGUAAACAACCUCAUCAAAUCCCGUGGUGGCCUGCCAACAUCCACUACUCAAAACAUCAAAAACAACCCAAUGUGGAUGACACUCGACGACAUCAAGGCUACGUAUGGUUAUAGAAUGGAUGAACUCACGUACAACUCGUUUAUUGCAAAGCUGAAUGUGCUGUAUCAGAGGAGGUUUGUGGGUGAUGAGUCGGAUGGGCUACCUCAAGCCGACACAGAAAUAACCACCCUCCUCCAACGCUUUGUAAAACUCGGCCGCGACAUAUCCAUACAACCACCUCCACCUCCAACUCUCGACGCCGAAGGCAAAUCAUACGCAUACGCAUCCCGCAAAACAGCCAAAGCCCAAGCAUGGAUCCUCGCCGGCGACGGUGCCAUCUACAUUAACGGAAUCCCAAUGGGCGACUACUUUAAAUCAGCACUCGAGCGAGACGUCGUUAUGAAACCGCUGGUUGCUGGUGACGUGCUGGGGAAAUAUAAUAUAUGGUGUUUGGCGAAAGGAGGUGGAUUGGCGGGACAGGCGGGUGCUGUGAUGGUGGCGGUUGCGAGGGCUUUGGUGGUGCAUGAGCCGGCGUUGGGUGAGGCUUUUAAACAAGCUGAAUUGACCAAAGUUGAUACGAGACAAGUAGAGAGGAAGAAGACUGGGUUGCCUAAAGCUCGUAAACGUUAUACUUGGGUCAAACGAUAG